UAUAUUGCAAUAAAAUACUUGAAAAAAUAAUUUGAUCAUUUCAUGUAUAAUAAAAGAACCAGAAAAAUUGGGCAAAAAAGAAAAGAAAACUAGAUUAGUUAGUAUAAUAAUAAUAUCCUUCGAUCGACAGCUGUUCAAUCGAGUGAUAGCUUGUUUUUUCGGUCGCGCAAUUAUUUUUUUAUGGGAGAAACGGUUAAAAUCAAGUAAUUCCUUCAAAAUCAUCUUAUGAACUAAAUUCGCUCGCCUGCGCGAAAACAACCAAAGUCAGACACAAAGAAAAAGUUAGUCGAUCCUUCCUCCCUCCCCCUUCUAGCAUUCCCCCAAAAUACUAUUCAAUUCUUCCCUUUUCUACAAAUCCAUUCACCUUCUUCGAUUUAUUAAAAAUUAAAAAGCAACAUUUAAUCCUUUUUAUUAAAUAAAUUUUUAAUCAAAAAAUGUGGCACUUUGAUAAAAAUCAAAGAGCAGUAGGCAUUUUAUGUCUUAUCUAUGGAAUUUGGCAUUUUGGAACUAACUGGACAACUACGUUAAUUUCUUUUCUGCAGUGGGAUACUACUGAAACUUUGUCAAUUGUAGACCUGGCUUAUAUACAAGCAUUUGGAAGUCUUUGUAAUGCUGUAGGCUCACUUGCAAUUGGACAGAUGACUGAUUCGAUAGGACCAAAAAUAAUGUUCCUUUUCUCAACAAUUUUAACAUCGAUAUAUUUCGUUGGGCUUGGAUUGUGUCGCACAUGGAUAACGUUUUUUCUAUUACAAAUUCUUCGAGUUGGUUAUCAACUAGACAGCACAGCUGAAAUGUAUUUAGCAACAGUUACGACUGAAAGGGAGAGAACGGGUGCUUUAAUGAUUUUGUCUAUUCCUCAGGCUAUUUCCAUGUUUUUUGCUCCUAUAGUUGGUAGUAGAAUUGCAAGUUAUACAACAUUAAGAGCUUCACAAAUGAUUUGUGGAGGAGUAAUGCCUAUUGUUUUAAUUCCUGUUGUUUUGUUCCUUUUACCAACAACCCAUUCAAUUCCAAAACUUGCUACUGCAAAACUGAGACCUCAGGAUUACUGGCCAAUGGUCACAAAAAACCAAGCUUUACGUGAAGGAUUAAUUCUAAGAGCCCUACUUAUUGUUGCUUAUGUUUGUUAUGAAUUAAUUGCGCGCAAUUUUGUACUUCGCUCCUAUAUGCAUUUAACUAGCGAAAAUGCAGAAGUGAUGCUUGCAUGUAUUGCUCUAUUUUUUGCUUAUGGAGGUAUUAUAUUUACUAGUUCCUUUUAUGAAUAUCUUCUUGUAACGGCUAUUCAUACUGGGGCAUAUGCAAUAGCCUAUGCAGAAUCAUCAACACAAAUUACUGGUGCCGUUCAAAUUGGCGAUCUUGGAAAAGCAACAGGACUUGCUUCAAUGGUCCAAUGGACAUCUCACUUUUUAAUUCCCUUAUAUACUUCCCAUAUAGUCAAUUCUUGGCAUUACACUUAUGCAUUCUAUUCAAGCAGUUUACUUGCACUAAUUACUUUAGGCUAUAUAACUGUAUAUACUAAACAAACAAAUGCGCGGUGCAGGACGUUACUUCCCCAAUUAAUAACAACAUAA